AUGAACUUUCCAUUCUUAGAUCUUUGUCAAAGAGAUGUCGGAUUUGCUAAGUUUGUGAAAGACACAUUUAUGAAGAAAAGGUCUAUUCAACAUGAGACAGUGAAUUUAACUCAUCAUGUGAGUUCAAUUAUUGCUUUCACCACAGUUCAGAAGAAGGGAGAUCCAGGGGCGUUUAGUAUUCUGUGCAAUAUUGGGCUUCAUGCAUUUUCCCGUGCUCUGUGUGAUAAUGGGGCAAGUAUCAACUUGAUGCCCUUUGCUAUUUUCAAACAAUCUAGAUUGGGGACUCCUAGACCGGCUUCUAUGCGAUUACAGAUGGCAGACAGAUCUAUUAAGAAGCCAAUUGGGGUUGUAGAUGACGUGUUGGUGCAAGUGGGUAAGUUCAUGUUGCCUGCUGAUUUCAUGAUUCUGGAUUGUACGGUGGAUAAAGAUAUUCCCAUCAUCUUAGGAAUACCGUUCCUUGCUACGGGAAGAGCGCUUAUGGACUCUGAAAAGAAUGAAAUUAAGUUCCGAGUGAAUGAUAAAGAAGUGACUUUCCAAGAAAGCAAUGGGAUGAAGUUUCCAAGCGCUUAUGAGAGUAUUUCGAUUAUUGGUUCGUUUGAUGGGAUUGACGAUGCUGUCAAAUAUAAAAUGGAAGAAGAAAGUCUGGGAGAAGCCCUAAGUACUGCCGGUUACGAUAAACUUUGA